AUGCUCAGAACAACGACAAGAAGGCUGGUAGCCCGAGGCUCAGCAACUCGCAGGACGUCGGUGCGGCAGUUAUCGACCGUGGACAUUGUGCGCCCCGUGGAAACCGCUCUCAACGCCAUCCACGACUUCUCGGGCUUGCCGUGGUGGGCCGUCAUUCCUCUCGUCACACUGACUCUGCGAUCUACCGUGACUCUUCCGAUAGCCAUUUCAACGCGGCUGCGAGCACAGAAACAACACGAGCUGAGACCGUUGAUAUCGGCGCUGGGACCCAUUUUGCGGGCAAAGCUGGCUUUCAACGCCAACAAGGCUGAGACCGCUCUAACGGCUCCCCAGAUCGAAAUGCUGGCCAUGAAAGAACGCCGGAAACGACGGGUCAAGCUGUACAAGGAGCACGGGUGCGAAAUGUGGAAGUCGCUGUUCAUCGGACCGCUCGUCCAGCUGCCCAUCUGGAUCACAAUGUCGCUGGCAGUACGAGCAAUGUGUGGAUGGACCGUGGUCAAGGGUAUUCCUGUUGUCAAGAGCAUGGGCACCGAGGGAGCGCUGUGGUUCCCCGAUCUGCUCAUGAUGGAUCAUUCGGGAGUGCUUCCGGCCGCUGUGGGCAUCAUCACGCUGCUCAACGUUGAACUGACUACCAAAGCACAGGCCCAAGCGAUGGGAACAACGGGGUCGGAGGGUCCCAAACUGCCCAAAAUGAUGGCCAACUUUGCCCGUGUCGGAGCCAUUGCAUUGUUCAGCAUCGCCGCACAAACACCAACAGCCGUGUGUCUGUACUGGAUCUCAUCGUCGGGCUUCUCGCUGAUCCAAAACGUGCUUCUCAACAAGUACAUGCCUCUCCGAGAAGAACCGCCAAUGUUCACGGCGGCCAAUUACGAGGCACUGGAGAAGAUUGGCAAGACGGAUCAAAUCGAGGUGAUCAUUCCCAAACUGAAGGGGAUCGAACAUUAG